AUGUUUUGCAGAGAGGCGAUAAAGGAAGACCUCAAAGAGAGAAGAGCAGAAGUGCUGGCUGAAGCUGCAGAGGCGGGCCAGAACAUUCGCAACGCCCGUCGGAACUUCGCCAAUAGUAAAACAAUGACUGCUCUCCGGACCCCAGAUGGAACAAUUAGAGCAUCGAAGAAGGGGGAUGGGAAAGGUCAUUCACGACUUCUACUCGGAUCUCUUCGACAGCCACGUCUACUUGCCUCCUCACCAUCUGAGGGAAAAUGGACAUGUCAUUCCAAAGCUCCUCCCUUCCGAAGUCCAACACGCCAUCAUGUCCGUGAAGAAUCGUACUGCACCGAUCCCGACAGAAUCAAGUCUGAACAUCUGGAGUACCUACCUUCAGUCCUCAUCAAGACAUUGACAAGGUUCUUCACUCGUUAUCUGUCGGAACGCAAGGUUCCUAAACAAUGGAAAACCAGCAAGACCGUACUGUUGUAUAAGAAGGGAGACCCACGAGACAUCGGUAACUGUCGCCCAAUCUGCUUACUGUCUGUCAUCUACAAGCUCUUCACAAGAGUAAUCCUAAACAAGGUAGAAAGAACAUUAGAUGAAGGACAGCCAUGUGGUCAAGGAGAGUUUCGAAAAGGGUUCAGUACCAUUGACAACAUAUACUGA